CUCAUAGAAAAAUCACUAAGGAGCGCAUUGCCCGUCGCUGCACUACUAAAGACAUGACCCAAGGAGUGCGUCUCGCGUUGAAACACUCCAGCCAAUAAUUUCAACGCCACACACCACAAGCACUCCACGUCGGAUCUUUUUUCGCUCUUUUUUUCCGCUGUUACACGUUUUAUUUUCCCUUCUGCCCCUGUUUGUCUCGUCCUCCUUUGCACUGGAUCUUUCGUGCAAGAAGAUGUGUGUGGAGAGCGAUGGAUGCGAGAUCGAGGGCUGCAGCAGUUCGGAUGAGGUGCAGACGCUCUCCGGCAGCAUGAGUCCCGCUCUGAAAUCCACCGCGGAACUCCACCCCUGCAAGCCCGGACACAAAUUCCGCGCUGCGCUGAUGAGAUGCCGGACCCCGACCGCUGCCGCCGGGAUCCUGAGCUUCGGGAACGUCCUGAAUUACAUGGAUAGAUGCACCGUAGCCGGCGUUCUGCUCGACAUACAGCGCCACUUCGACGUGUCGGACAGUAGGAUCGGCUUGCUGCAGACAGUCUUCAUCUGCAGUUUCAUGGUGGCAGCUCCCAUCUUCGGUUACCUUGGCGACCGCUUUAACAGAAAGGUCAUUCUGAGCUGUGGCAUUUUCUUCUGGUCCAUUGUGACGCUGUCCAGCUCCUUCAUCAGCAAAGAGUACUACUGGCUCUUUGUCCUCUCCCGAGGCCUGGUGGGGAUCGGGGAGUCCAGCUACUCGUCCAUCUCGCCCACCAUCAUCGGAGACCUGUUCACCAACAACAGCCGAACCAUGAUGCUGUCUAUCUUCUACCUGGCCAUUCCCCUGGGGAGCGGCCUGGGCUACAUCCUGGGCUCUGGAGCUAAGGAGGCAGCUGGAGACUGGCACUGGGCGCUCAGGGUGUCCCCCCUGCUGGGCAUCACGGCGGGGGCUCUGAUCCUGCUCUUUGUCCCGGAGCCCAAGAGAGGCAGCGCCGACCAGGGCGGCCGCGUCAAGGCCCGCUCCUCCUGGUGCUGCGACAUGAAGGCCCUGGCCAAGAACCGGAGCUACGUGUGCUCGUCUCUGGCCUCGGCUGCCGUCUCCUUCGCCACCGGGGCGUUCGGCAUGUGGAUCCCUUUGUACCUGUACCGCGCCCAGGUGGUCCAGAAGACCGCCGAGGUCUGCUCUAAAGACAUAUGCAGCAGCAAAGACAGUUACUUGUACUCCAGCCUGAUCUUCGGCGCCAUCACCGUGGUGACGGGGCUGCUGGGCGUGGCCAUCGGCCUGGCGGCCACGCGCCUCUGCAGGCAGCGCACGGAGCGAGCGGACCCCCUGGUGUGUGCCGUCAGCAUGCUGGGCUCGGCCAUCUUCAUCUGCCUCAUCUUCGUGGUGGCCAAGAAGAGCAUCGUGGGGGCUUACGUGUGUAUCUUCAUAGGGGAAACGCUGCUGUUCCUCAACUGGGCCAUCACGGCGGACAUUUUGAUGUUUGUGGUGAUCCCGACGCGGAGGGCUACAGCCGUCGCCUUCCAGAGCUUCACCUCCCACCUGCUGGGCGACGCGGGCAGCCCCUACCUCAUCGGCCUGAUUUCGGACGCCCUCCAGCAGAGCUACGCCACCUCGGUGCUGUGGCAGUUCCUCAGCCUGGGCUACGCCCUGAUGCUGUGCCCCUUCGUCAUCGUGCUGGGGGGGAUGUUCUUCCUGGCCACCGCCCUCUUCUUCCUGGAUGAUCGGGAGAAGGCUGAGAAACAGUUGAGCCUGAUGACCCGGCCUCCCUCCACUGUCACGGUAUGACCAGGUGUUGACGGAGACGACCUUCCAGUGGGGUGACACAGCUUAUGGGGGGCAGGAAACAAACAACCAGCUAUGAACGGAAAAUGAAGGACCCCCCCCCCCCCCCCUCAUCCCGCCAAGAGCCAAGCCGGGCAUGUUCAUCUUCUUCAUCGUUCUCCUCCUCUCCCUCUCCUUAACGCUGUCUCCCUCUCUGAUGUGGACUGGAAGGAAAGGAAGACUUUUGUUUGUUCUGUUUGUGUGGGUGGAGUGGACAGGAGGGAGCGUCUUGCUCCACCUACCUGUCCGCCGCAGAGACCUCUCUCUCCCCCCCCUCCCCCCCGCCUGUCUCUCUGACCCUCCCUUCCUCCCGAGGGGAGGGUCGUGUUGGGAGGAGACCCUCCGCCCCGCCAACCCGUGCCAAUACUACUGAACGCCGACCUGCCCUGUCUGUCUGUCUGUCUGUCUGUCUGUCUGUCUGUCUGUCUGUCUGUCUGCCUGCUCACAACUCUGUUUGUCUGUCAGUCUGACUACCUGCGUGUGUCCAUCGUCCAUCCGUCUGUGUGUGUGUGUGUGUGUGUGUGUGUGUGUGUGUGUGCGUGCGUGUGUGCGUGCGUGCGUGCGUGCGUGCGUGCGUGCGUGCGUGCGUGCGUGCGUGCGUGCGUGCGUGCGUGCGUGCGUGCGUGUGUGUGUGUCUGUGCGUCCGUCUGCCUGUCCGAUCUGCACCAAGUGCCAUGAGAUCAUUACAUUCCUUCAGACUUUGCACUGACCAUCCGAAGACCUCGGCCCAUCGCAUCGCUGUCCGUGUCUUCCAUGCAGCACGCCCUGAUGCAGCGCGACCGCACCCGCACGCUCACCGUGGGCUCGGCCGGUCGCUCCCGUUGCGACUGGAUACACGCUGUCACUCCUGGAGACCACAUGGUAUCAUAUUCCCCCUCCUCGUCGUUUGCUUGGAUUCAGCCGUCGUACUUGCUUAUAUGUGUGUGAGGGUGUGCGUGGCGCUUUUUUGGGGUUGGAUUUGCCCACAACACAAGACAAGGCAAACCCCUACAGGGUGACGAUGUGCAACAGGAACAUCUGAGCGAUGAGGGUAACAGCUUGAGCGUCUCUGUGUCACCGCUGGGGCCGCAGCGGGAGGAGGGAUCCAAAGUGACAUUGGGAGCGCCGUGAUUAGAAUAAAGGGGUUUUGCGGAGUGUCUUCAUCACAGCGUUGGCCUAAUCCAAUCAAGAUCAACGUGUCGCCGUGCAUGUCGACAUUGCCAGUGUGGAGAAAAAAAAGGCUCGAGAAAGUGUUUAGUGUCAGCGCCGCUGAACACUGUGAGCCUCCACAUCAUCAGUGCAAAGCGAGCCAUUUGCAUACAUCCGUCUUCUUUCUCUCCUUCUCUCUCGUACUUAGCACUUAUAUCACUGUAGACAGUGCCGGAAGAUAUGAUGGGAGUCUCUGCAAAUGAUUUUUUACAGGCUGUAUCGUUUUUUUUGUUUCUCUGAUAUUUUAUAUUGUUUGUGAUGUUUACUUUGAAACUGAAGGCUGCGUUGCCUUUGAUUGUUUCAGGAGCAUGAAGCAAUCGGGAUAUAUUGAAAGCGGACACUGGAUUUUUUUCUCAUGAUGACUUUAAUAACACUAUAUGUAUUCUAUUUGUCCCCCCUCCCCCUCCUUCCACUCUGGGAACACGCUCCUCUCACAGACGUUUAACGUUGUGUUGUCUUACGACAAGUCAUUUUCACGUGGGCGUUGUGCCAUUCAAAAAGGGAACGCGAGACUUUUGUUAUUGUGGAGGAAACCAAGCGAGCUGGCUGGACGCUUUCCUCUGAACAGGACAGCUCUCCCUGGGAGCCGGGCUUAAAUGUCCGGGCACCGCGGCCACAUAGAGAGAAAGAACAAUCCUGCAACUUUGAAUGAUGGAUUCCAGUCAAGGGUGGUUACAAUAACAGUCAUUGUGAACACAGACAUUCACCACCACCCCCCCCCCCCUGUCCGUUCACUGCAGAUAUCUCAUUGCAAGAUUGAAAGGAAGUCCCCUAAAAGGAGGCUAGCAGUCAUCAGUUUAAUUAGUCAAGAAGAUCUAAAUCUGGAGAUUCGUUGGCUGCGGGUUAGAAUAGACGUUAACCGAUAAAGGGAACGUCUGCGUGAAACAUGAUCACCAUGACAACAUGCGUGUGUGGAGAAUGCUUGACAGACCGUCCCCUCAGAGGCUCAAAGUGUCUGAUGUUAUAAAGAAAAACCUUUUGGUGUUGGUAUUUGUAAGGAAUCAAAUACUUAUUAGCUUUUUUUGAUUUAUCUGCACAAUCGCAAAGAGCAUACGCCAUUUUGUAUAUUUCUUCACCCUAUGCAUGGACUCCCCGCGUUUGAUAUGUAUGGUUUAUGCAAACGCAUCGAUGUCUGCCGCCAAGAACUACUGCGCACGCUUGUGUGUGGCUGUGUAUGUGUCGGAGAAGGAGGCUGGUUUGUGUUUACAUCAAGAGGAGAAAGCUCAAUGAGGUGUCGUAGUAGGAGGACCUUCAUGAAGGGAAACAAAGAGCAGCUCUAUGAUGGAGAAUAACUUUAGCUGGAGUCAGGGAGACUGUGCACUCGUAGCAUCGGCCCGAGUGACUCACUCUUUGUGUUUGUGUGUGUGUGUGUGUGUGUGUGUUUGCGUGUGCGUGUACGUGUGUGCGUGUUUGUGUGUGGGGCGUCCAUACGUCUCUGAAUGUGAUGCACACACAUCAACUUAAUGCAUUAAGCUUCACAUCUUCCAUUAGCUCACUGUUUCUUUCUUUCAUUCGUUUAACCAAAUUAUUAUAAUUUUUUUUAAAUGACUACAGUCUAUAGAGGUGUAUAAGUAUAUAUAUAAAUAUAUAAAUAUAAUGCAGCAACUUUAAUAUAUUGUAAAUGAUGGCUUGGAUGCAACGUAUUUAUUUUGUUUGUCACCUUAAUGAAGAGAAAUCUGUAAAGGGAAUUUUUUAAGUUUGAAGUAUACCACACUUUGUUGUUAGUUUUUCUUGGAUUUACAAACGCCUGUAUGUUCAUCGUAUUACACAAGGAAACAACAUAAUACCUUUUUUUCAUUACUCAAGUUCACAGUGCGUUUACUGUGAUUGUGAUUUGGACUUCUUCACAUAUAGGACGCACACACACACACACACACACACACACAAACGCAUGCAUGCAUGAAAGCGAACAAACGAACACACACACAUAAACAAACACAAACACACGCACAUUGAACUACUCUCAAAGUGGCAAUAAACACACAUUCACACACACAAGAAUUUAUACAUUUUACAACCAACACAAGUUACCAGACGUCUGUUGUGUGAAGCUAGUGAUCAAAAAAAAGGUUAAUUUCUUUUGCACAUUUAUCAUUCAGGGAUAUAUUUUUCGUUCAACCAUUAGACAUAGCGACCCGCUUCACGAGCCUCUGAAGAGGAGGGUCGGACACUUCACGCUCACCGUAGAGUGCAGACACACAGUGCUUGGCCCUGAUUGGCCCUGUCAUAAGCUGAGUUCCGCCUUGCCAAAUUGAUCUCCCGUAGGAACACGUAGCGGUGUUGUUGUAGUGGAUAUGUUGUGUGAGACACCACCCCCAGCGAUGGUGUUGGGAAGAUUUCUUGUCAUACAAGAACCAUGUAUAAAGAGACCUAUUUCUGAUGUUGAGCAGAAAACAGAGGUUAUUUUUUAUUUUUAGAACAAGUUAUACACAAGUUGAAGAAAAAAAAACUAUGAAAAAAUUGGGAAAAAGAUGAAAUCAAAGCAUAUUAUUAUCCUAGAUCUUAACUGUGAUACUCCAUCGGGGGUGGAUAUGAAAUGUACAUGUGUAUGUAAAUGAUCAAAUAAACUUAUUUAAUCAAUUCA